UCGCUCUCUCUCUCUCUAUUCGAAACCUUUUGUGGCAUAUAAAACCCCCUCGCCUUCUCUCCACUCUUCCGUCGCCCGUUUCCGCUUCCCUCGAAAGAGCCCCGCGCCUCUCCUCCCCGGCGGAGCAUCCGUCCACCGCUCAACCGCCUCCAUUCUGCUAUCGAUAGGAUCAUAAAGAAAUGGCUGAUGGUGAGGAAAUCCAACCUCUUGUCUGCGACAAUGGUACUGGGAUGGUCAAGGCUGGUUUUGCUGGAGAUGAUGCUCCUAGGGCUGUGUUCCCUAGCAUUGUAGGCCGACCUCGUCACACUGGUGUCAUGGUUGGGAUGGGCCAGAAAGAUGCCUAUGUUGGUGAUGAGGCUCAGUCCAAGAGAGGUAUCCUUACUUUGAAGUACCCUAUUGAGCAUGGUAUUGUUAGCAAUUGGGAUGACAUGGAGAAGAUCUGGCACCACACUUUCUACAAUGAGCUUCGUGUCGCCCCUGAGGAGCAUCCUAUAUUGCUCACUGAAGCUCCUCUUAACCCCAAGGCCAACAGAGAAAAAAUGACGCAAAUCAUGUUUGAAACCUUCAAUGUGCCUGCUAUGUAUGUUGCAAUUCAGGCUGUUCUCUCCCUGUAUGCCAGCGGUCGUACAACUGGUAUUGUUCUGGAUUCUGGUGAUGGUGUGAGCCAUACUGUCCCAAUCUAUGAAGGAUAUGCUCUGCCUCAUGCCAUUCUUCGUCUGGAUCUUGCUGGUCGUGAUUUGACCGAUGCCUUAAUGAAGAUCCUGACCGAGAGAGGUUAUUCAUUCACGACAACAGCAGAACGGGAAAUUGUCAGGGACAUUAAAGAAAAGCUUGCAUAUGUCGCAUUGGACUAUGAACAGGAGCUAGAGACCGCCAAGAGCAGCUCUACUGUGGAAAAGAGCUAUGAGCUUCCUGAUGGACAGGUUAUUACAAUCGGUGCCGAGAGAUUUAGGUGCCCAGAAGUCCUCUUCCAGCCAUCCAUGAUUGGUAUGGAAGCUGCUGGCAUCCAUGAGACCACUUACAACUCCAUUAUGAAGUGUGAUGUGGAUAUCAGGAAGGACCUGUAUGGCAAUAUAGUUCUCAGUGGUGGUUCCACAAUGUUCCCUGGAAUUGCUGACCGGAUGAGCAAGGAAAUCACAGCCCUUGCCCCAAGCAGCAUGAAGAUUAAGGUGGUUGCCCCACCUGAGCGGAAGUAUAGUGUCUGGAUAGGUGGCUCUAUUCUUGCCUCACUUAGCACUUUCCAGCAGAUGUGGAUUUCCAAGCAAGAGUAUGAAGAAUCUGGACCUUCUAUUGUACACAGGAAAUGCUUCUGAUGAAUAUCUUGGUUCAAGCCUUCUCUGCUUUUGUCGGGGUAGUUUUUUGGUGUCAGUUUGGUAAUGUUUCCAUAUUGUUGUGGCUCUGUUGAGGUUAUAUUGGCUUUGCUUGGGAUUUUUACGUGCAACACUAUCAUUGUAUUCAAUGCCUGCCAUAAGAUGAGCAAGCGUUCCUUGUUCUUACUUUCUUUCGGCAAACUAGGCUGUUCAAGUCUGGCAGUAGUAUUAGGAGUAUAUAUACGAUACAACCUGAUCUGUGCUUUGCUUUUUCUUUUCUCUUUUCGGUGACAUGUUGUAUUCUUGUUUAUUAGAUCGAUCGUGUUCAAGUUUGAGAGCAUCAGAUUUAUCUGCAAA